UUCUCUAGCUAUUUUUCAGUAGUAGUGAAUGCCCAAGAGUUAGGUAUGCACCGACUCUUUUCGGCUCCUUUCAAGUUUCUGUUACAUCAUGACAUCCACUAUUUGGUACAAAUGCCACGCCGUCGGUAG